UGCACAGUGUUGCGUUUCGCUUCCAAAUGCUGAUGGCUACGCUGCGUCCGGCGCCGGCGUCGAUGGUCGUUCUCUGCGCGGUGGUCGUCGUCGGCGCGGUAUUCGUCGUGGUGGCGGAGGGCGGCGGCAGCGAGGAGGCGGCGGCGUCGACAGGGAAAGCAGCGAUGGUGCCGGCGCUGUUCGUGUUCGGCGACUCGCUGAUCGACAACGGGAACAACAACAACCUGGCGUCGUUCGCCAAGGCGAACUACUACCCCUACGGCAUCGACUUCGCCGCCGGCCCAACCGGCCGCUUCUGCAACGGCUACACCAUCGUCGACGAGCUCGCUGAGCUGCUUGGGCUGCCACUGGUGCCACCAUACUCCCAAGCGUCCGGGCAUGUGCAGCAGCUUCUUCAGGGCGUCAACUUCGCCUCCGCCGCCGCCGGCAUCCUCGACGAAAGCGGCGGGAACUUCGUGGGACGGAUUCCGUUCAACCAGCAGAUCGACAACUUCGAGGCCACGGUGGAGCAGAUCGCCGGCGCCGUCGGCGGCAAGGAGGCGGCGGCGUCCAUGGUGGCGCGGUCCAUCCUCUUCGUCGGGCUGGGCAGCAACGACUACCUCAACAACUACCUCAUGCCCAACUACAACACCCGCCGCCGCUACACCCCGCGCCAGUUCGCCGACCUCCUCGCCGACCGCUACGCCGCCCAGCUCACCAGGCUGUACAAGGCCGGGGCGAGGAAGUUUGUGGUGGCCGGAGUGGGGUCGAUGGGGUGCAUCCCGAACGUGCUGGCGCAGAGCGUGGAGAGCCGGUGCUCGCCGGAGGUGGACGCGCUGGUGGUGCCGUUCAACGCCAACGUGAGGGCGAUGCUGGGCCGCCUCGACGGCGGCGGCCUCCCCGGCGCGAGCCUGGUGUUCCUGGACAACUACGGCGUGUUCAAGGCCAUCCUCGGCGACCCGGCGGCGCACGGGUUCGCCGUGGUGGACCGCGGAUGCUGCGGCAUCGGGAGGAACGCCGGCCAGGUGACGUGCCUCCCGUUCAUGCCGCCGUGCGACGGCCGCGACCGCUACGUGUUCUGGGACGCCUUCCACCCGACGGCGGCGGUCAACGUGCUCAUCGCCAGGGAGGCUUUCUACGGCGGCGCCGACGUCGUCUCCCCCAUCAACGUCCGCCGCCUCGCCGCCCUCUGAAUCGAUCCAUCAAACCAUCAAUAGCAAUAAACGAAUUAGAUAUCGAUGAUCAUGCAUGAUCGAUGACAGCAUGCAUGAGAGUGUGCUCACCUUCAGCUAAUUAAGCCACUGAGCUGAUGCUACAAGUAUAUUUGAUCAGCUAUUUAUUUUUGUUCCUUCAACCCUGUCAUGCUAAAUGGCAGGAAAUUAGUUGAUACUGUAGAUCACAAGUACUCCUAGUUAGCAAUAAGCUAACUGGAUCAUGCUUAUGCAUGAGCAAAACUAUUGAAAUGGUUGUUGCUACUUGCUACUAAGUAUUUCUCUCUUUUUGUUUA